CGGCAUGGUCGUGUCGCAGCAGCAGCAUCAGCAUCAGCAGCUGGAGUAGGAGCAACUGGAGGAGCACUAGUAGUUCCCAAAACUACUACUCUACUGACCAUCCAGCCAGCAGCAACGGAUCACUACACUGCCAACUCUUCUGGUCUUUGGUUUUAUUUUUUUUUCCCAAUUUUUUUUUGUGGUUGCUCGAGGGCUUGCCCACAAAAGAAAGCAAAGAAAAACAAGAGUGAGCGUUAAAGUUUGAGUGGAACUGCAUUAAUUGCGGAGCAGCGAACUUGUUAGUGGUAAAAAUAUAUAUAUAAAAAAAAAAAAAGGAAAGAAUUACGUCUGUCGACCAGUGAGUGAGUGCGAGUUCAGAGUUCACAGAGAUCCGACAAAAAAAGAAAAAGUUUUUGGCGCACAAAAGUAGGCAAGUGUGGUAGUGCGGUAGCAUGGCUACUUGGGCUUAAGCCUUAAGCCCUUUGCCAAACUGCAAACGCUGAACGCAUUUAAGUGCAGAUUUAUGUUUUGCCCUCUUCCACAGCUGCUGCAACAGCCACCGCCCACCGCCCACCGAGCCAUCGAGCCAUCGAGACACUGCCAAUUAAAGUUGCCUCAGCACACAGCUGCAACACACACACACACAUACCCACGCAAACACACACAACACACAGUCACUGCCAAAAGAAGGAAGACUUUAUCCAGCAGCUGAAUUAUACUCACAGUUGCGAAUAAGUUUUUGCGAAGAACCACUGCCACCACAAUAGAGUAGCACCACCACCACCAUUACCACCAUCACCACCCGGUAACAAUAACAACAGAAACAACAACAACAGGAGCAGCAACAACAGGGGCGACAACAACGGGAGCAACAACAACGUGUUGCUGCCACAAAACGCAGCAGCCGCAACGAGAGCGUCAUCUCUGCCCUUCGCACGCCUCUGCGGGUUCCUCGGGAUGAUGCAGCAGCAGCAGGAUGCUGGGAUGGCCAGGAUCGCAACCAAUUCUGCCCGGGCUUGUCACCGGCAACGAUUCUAUGAACCCAAUGCCGAAGUACGCUGGCUGCACUCCGAGCACUAAACAGGCUGAGUGGAGCCACUAGCAGCACCCCGUAUCCGACCAGCGGAGGCAACAGCGGAGGAACUAUGAUAACGAGGCUCUACAACACCGAAGAGGAUCCCGCCUACUGCUCGUUCAUCUGGGGCUCCAAUCUCACCAGCAGCGCCGAUGUCCUGGCCAAUGCCACGUCCGUCUUUAGCAGCGACAUGCGGGACGACUUCUAUCGGGAUGUGGAGGAUCCGCGGACGGAAUCGCUGAGGGAAUACUGCUACGGCCUGGUGCUGCCCAUCAUCUGCGCCAUGGGCAUCAUAGGCAAUGUGCUCAACCUGAUUGUGCUCACCAGGCGCAACAUGCGUGGCACCGCCUACAUUUACAUGAGGGGUAAGUAACCACACACCCACACCUACACACCCACCCGCACAACCACACACACACACAGCAGUAAAUUGUAAUGGCAACGGGAAAUUCCUUGAGCCAAAGGACCAACUCAAUGCAUGAUCCAAUUCGGUAGAGCGAUCGAAAUUCCUAUUAAUAUGCAACCACAGGCAAACCAAAAUUCAACUAUUUGCUACUUUGAGGCGAAUUUCCAAGCUUUGCGAAUUUCCAAGCCUAUAUUGAGGUGUGUCUAAAACCAGAGGCAUGCAAAAUGUGCUUGAGUCUGGCAUCCAAAUUGAACAGUAUCCAUUUUCGAUUUCAUUCCUUUCUUGCAUUCCUGGACUAGAAAUUCGGCAUUUGCUGUGUAUCAUCUCAUUACAGUGAUUGCUGAACUUACUUCUCUCCUGCAAAACCUAUUUUCCUUUGUGUCCGCAAAUACACAAAAUGUUCUGCAUCAAAUGGGAAAGUGUGAAUCGAAAGUGAAAUUCCUUGUUGCCUAUUGUUGCACUGCAGUUGUCAUAGAAUUUCUCUGCAUUUGAUUGGACGCUGCUCCGCCUUGUCAAUUAAAAUACAUGAUAUUUAGCUAGCAAAUAAACUGUAAUUUCCAUCAUGUGUAAACAGUAUUCAUUUCAAAGCCAAACUUGCAUUAAUUAGUUGCUAUUAAUUAAGGAGCUAGGUAAAUUCCUUUGUUGCCAAAAACAGCAAAUGCCAAUUAUUCCACUGCACUUGGUAUAGAAUUUAUCUGCAUUUGAUUAGAUGCUGUUUCGCCUUGUCAAUUCAAAUGUAUUCAAUUUUGAUAGCAAUAAACUUUACAUUCCAUCAAGUGUAAGCAGCAUUCAUUUCAAA